GCCGUUAUUCAGUUAUUCCACAAAACUACGAUAUGACGUAACACACACACACAUACAGAGGUAAAGUCCAGAUAAGGUGGUAUCAGGGAGCUGUCUAUCCAGCGGGUGCCAUGGCGACAACAAACCGGUGUUACGGUUGAAGAAGCGACCGUGUUAACUGGCGACUUUGAACCGAACGCGUCCGUUGUCGUCGUAGUUACAGACAGCUGUUGAAAAUAGGAAGAUAUCAUAUAGCUGCCCUCGUGAAAGCCGAAUUGUUUAUUUUUCAUAGUAUAUAGUAUUAUGUAUAUGGGAGGAUUUGACAGUGUAUGACAAAAUUAAACCGUUUCAGCUGAAAAGUCGCCAGUUAACAGGGUCGCCUGUAAAACCGAGACACCGGUCGAGAGUCCCGGGGCAAUCUUCCGGUGUUACUAUAGCAACACUAUAGCGUUACUAUGUGGACCUCAGCAGGUAAGAGUAAUAUAAACGCUAAACUAUGAGGGCAAAGCGUUGUUUAACAUGCUUAAAGUCGAUAACACAGUGUUUGCAGCUGCUGGCUACUUUGCCAGUAAGUUUUUGAAAGAGUAUGAUAGUCGGAAAGUUGUAAUAGGGAUGCUAACGUUUGUUUAAAAAAAAAGAAAAACAGGACUUGUAACCUUUGGUGUUUUUCCGUUUUGGGGAUGUGUGUCUGGGUUUUACCGGUUACUGGAUGACAUGAGUAUUCCACCUUGCCUUAGGUACUGUGAGCCCGACAGGUGGAGCCAACCUGUCUGCUACAGAGCAAUUUGACCCACCUGAAUGGUCCAGUGCACUUGAGUAUAUAUAUAUAUAUAUUCCAAUUUCAACGUUUUUGAACUUCCUAUUGUAAAAAUAAUUACAGCUUGGGCCUUCAAAAUAGUAAAUUCUGGGCUUUUUUUCCUGGACCAAUUUCGAGACUGAAACAUAAAAAGUAACUAUUGUAUGACUUUACACCUCCAAAGGACUGCAUUCAUAGAGGAUGCGUAUAUAGAUCAUGAGCGCUGAAUUAAUAAUGAGGUCACAUCACACUCAGAGGCGGCAUAUUAAAGUUUCAUGACUUCAACAUUUUUUGUUGUUGCUGCAAGCUGAAGAGGUCAAGCACGAGUUUCUUUGGCUUUGCCCUCCCCCGUGGUUUAUAUACCUUGUAUACUUAUUGCAUUUGUGUGCACUCCAGUUUAGGCCUCUAUAUGCAAAUGUGGGGUAAUUUAGUCAAAUACAUUCUAACAGUAGAUUCAGCAAAGGAUCGGAAGGUCACAGCGGUCGUCCAGCACUGCAACCGCCAUGAAGGCAAAAGUCCCCAAACAAGUACUCCUCCUGAGGGCAAAGUUUGCCGCAGUUUUGUCUGCGUACCUGUCCUUAACCCAGGGAGAUUGAGGAAAGCCAGAGCCCUCACGGAAGAAGUUGUCCGGAUGCACAAGGUAUUCGCUGUCCAGGGCCCUUACCCUGUGGUCAGGGCAGCGUUGAAGGCCAGAGGCUGGGUGGAGCAGCGAGCGCCACGCCCCGACCACACGGCUCACCGGCGGCACAGCGACAAUCUCGAAAAAGAGCCGAAUCGAGAUGGACUUUACGAUCUGAUGUGCCGCCUGGUGCAGAAUGAAACGGUUUACUUCCAUUGGACGAACCGCAGAGACGCCGUCAACACCAACAGCUUGCAAAAAGGACAGAUGACCAAUCAUUUUGCAAAAGCAGGCAGCUUCACCACCAAGGUGGGAUUGUGUGUGAACCUGAGGAACCUGCACUGGUUUGAUUCAGCGGACCCGGACACCUUCUUCCCUCGCUGUUACAGACUUGGAGCAAAGGAUGAGAAGCCUGCUUUCAUUGAGGACUACAGGAGGACAGCAUGCACCAGUUUUUUGAAGUACAUUGUGGAGAGGGAGCAAGGUGCUCCGGGAGAGGGAACCGGCCACAACAGUCCGUCCGUGAGGAAACGAAGCAAACUGCAACCCAGCCCGGUGGUCCUUUCCCAAAUGAUUAACAGCGCGCUCAAAGUAUGCCAUCAGUUCCUAGAGAGUCUGGAGCAUCGGGACAUCGACGUACACUUGGAGACGCCGCAGACGCUCACAGAGCCGGAGUGGGCCCAGUUCAUCAGCGACUACUACCUCGUCGUCCAUAAAGGAGCGGAGAUCGAGAGCAGCGAGAAUUUCGUGUCCUGCUGCAAAGCCAUGCUGCAGAGGGUGGCGCAGGUCAGCCCACAGCUGGACAUCGACGGCAUACAGAACAUCUGGAUCAUCAAACCUGGUGCAAUGUCCAGGGGCAGAGGUAUCAAAUGUGCCAGGCAUCUGGAUCAGAUCCUCAGCCUGGUGGACGGGGAUCCAACCCUGAGGAAGGAAGACAAGUGGGUGGUGCAGAAGUACUUGGAGCGCCCUCUGCUGGUCCACGGCACCAAAUUUGACGUGCGCCAGUGGUUCCUGGUCACCGUCUUGAACCCUCUGACCGUGUGGUUCUAUACAAAGUGCUACUUGCGCUUCUCUACGCAGCCUUACUCACUGGAUACACUGGACAGCUCUGUCCACCUGUGCAAUAACUCCAUCCAGAAACACCUGACGCCCUCCCAACAGCGCCAUCCUGGUGUCCCAGCAGACAACAUGUGGUCGGAUGACCAGUUCAGGACAUAUCUGUCCAGCCAGGGCCGGGAGGCUCAGUGGCAGACGGUGGCCGUCCCCGCGAUGAAGAAGGCCGUGAUCCACGCGUUACAGACGACACAGGAUCUGGUGGAGUCACGCAAAAACACAUUCGAGCUCUACGGUGCCGACUUCAUGUUCGGUCACGACCUUAAACCAUGGUUGAUAGAAAUCAACGCCAGUCCCACUAUGGCUCACUCCACCCCAGUCACAGCCCGCCUCUGUGCUGCUGUGCAGGAAGACACACUACGCGUCGUCCUGGACCAGAGGGCGGACCGCAAUGCAAGCACGGGAGACUUUCAGCUCAUAUAUCGGCAGGAGGCAGUAGACGUGCCACAGUAUGUCGGGGUCAACCUACUUGUUGAGGGCAACAACGUCGGGCAUCCCUGCUCACUUCCUCCGCUGCACUCCUCCGUCCGUUCAGCAGCAAAAUGCAGCAUCAAGGAGAAGGAACCUCGAGCAGAAAAAGUAAAGACUCUGCCUAAGAUGCUGUUAAAGGGGGCACAGACUCAGCUCAAGCCCAUCAGCAGGGAGGUUGCACCACCGCUUCCUCCUGACUUGCCCCAAACAGCCAACCCUGUUGAAACCGUCUCACUUCACCUGCCAAUGAUUGUGACAGCCAUCCACCUGCCCAUUAGCGCCAAGUCUCCCCCUGUUCUUUUGUGGAAGAGGCAACCGAAGGUAUCAGAGAAGGUCCAACCUUUGAGAAUUUAAUAGAAGGCCAUGUCUUGUUUUUCACUCACUACUUACACAAAUUGUAUGUAUUUCAAUGUGAUUUGACAGAGAAUUUAGCAGAUUCAAUACGUGUUCACAGCAAAGUGUGUGGACUAUACCGAGUAACAGUGAAACUGUUGCAGGAAUAAUGCUGUGAGCAUCAGAAACAACAUUCCCUCACCACCUGUGUACUCUGAUGGAGUUCGAAAAUUGAGGAUAAU